AAAUUAAAUUUAUAUUCUUUGUUCUGGAACUAGAUAGUAGACAAGGGUUUUGUGGUAUAUCAUAUAGGACUAGACAGAAAUAGUGCUAGAGAAAUUACAUUUUUCAACUACAAUCUCCACAAUGAGAAUAGUCCAAAAGGUAAUAUUUGUAUGCUAGGGGGACCUGAACUCCAGUCCCUGCCCAUUAAUAGGGUAUGUUACUCCCUUCUAGCUCAGUCCAAUCAAAAAUCUGCCAUUCAGUGAUCCUAGAGAGAACAUAUUAAUCAAAACUGUAAAUAAUCAAAUCUGCAAAACUCAAAUCCCCAGAUGUUGAGGAACAAAUGUAUUGAUAUCCAGGCAAAUGGAUGAAUUAGGCACCUAACCUCUUAAGAUUAUGGGUUUAAAAUCUUAACUUAAAUCAAGUUGCUGGCAGAAAAUAAGAACUUGAGAGCUAAGGUUGUUGGAAGGAGGCUUCACAGAGAAAGAGAUGGCUUCUGGUCUCUCUCUUGACUGUAGCCUCUUCCGUCAGGUUGCUUUAUCUUAUCAAACAAAAAGCCCCAGAAAUAGAAAGUUUUCCAUGAGUUACAGAGGCAGCCCUGGAAGUUUCUGGGCUGUGGUGUCCGUGCUUUUCUGAUCUUUCUGUGUCUGUUUAAGUCAAAGAAAAAACGGAGUUGCCAACAAAUGAUAAAUAUAUACUUCAAUUUUGCAACAUAAAUAAGCUGCAAGUAAUACUGUAUUUUCUGCUUUCAAUAACAUCCUGCAUUUGAGGACUGUAUUUGAGCCUGCUUGCUUUUGCUGAAAAAACUAUUGAUCUUCUGUUAGAAGAAUGACAGAAGGGAAAGCAGAAUCUGCGGCUUGCUUUGGGUUACUAACAAAGAGAAUAUGCAAGCUCUUUGGGCAUUUCCCGAAGUCUAAAUCGUGGUCUGAGGGUCUUCACUUCCAACUGAAGAGGUCCAGCAGGGAGAUCUUUCUGGCGAAAGAUUGUAAGUACACCUGCCAUCAGGAAUGCAGAAACCUCAUCCAACUGGAUUGCAGUCAGCAGGAAGGGAAGACCUACAACAAACCUUCUCCAGAAAACACCUUAACACAAAACUACAGCCAGAAUGUGACGAAAACAGUGGAAGAAGAAAAACCACAAGCUCCUACCAUCCAAGAGCUGAAGGAGAAGAUUGAGAAUUACAAUUCAAAAGUCAACAAUUGUUUGCUGAUGAAGCUGAAUGAUGAUGGCACUUACACAGGUUUCAUCAAAGUACACCUAAAACUACGUCGGCCUGUGACAGUUCCAGCAGGGAUCCGGCCACAGUCCAUCUACGAUGCCCUCAAGGAGGUCAACUUGGCCAACAUGACAGAGAAGAGGACAUCCUUCUACCUGCCACUUGAUGCCAUUAAGCAGCUUCACAUCAGCAGCACUACCACUGUGAGUGAGGUAAUCCAGGGACUUCUGAAGAAAUUUAUGGUGGUGGACAACCCACAGAAGUUUGCACUUUUCAAGCAGAUGCAGAAAGAUGGCCAAGUUCUCUCUCAGAAACUCCCAGUAACAGAAUACCCUUUGUACCUCCGGCUGCUAGCAGGUCCUGACACGGACAUUCUGAGUUUUGUGUUGAAAGAAAAUGAAACUGGGGAAGUUGAGUGGGAUGACUUCUCUAUUCCAGAGCUACAGAAUUUCCUGGUAAUACUAGAAAGAGAAGAAAAAGACAAAAUUCACCAAGUACAGAAGAAAUAUGACAGGUUUAAGCAAAGACUGCAGGAGGCCUUGAAAGAAGCAAAUGAGAAACCUGGAUAACCAAGUCUGGGCAGUGUGGCUAGUGAUAAAUUAAAAUUUUAAAAUAUAUACAUAUAUAUUUCAAAACAAAAUUAACACCCAACCAAGUCUUUUCUUCUCAGGACACUUUUCCAAUUUGGCUGCAGUCUAAGGUGUGCUUAGAAUUGGUUGUUACAAAAUGGGAAAAUGGAUGUCCCCACCCACUGGCCCUCCAGACCCCAGAAAUUGAAUGCUGCAUCUCCUUCUGAGUGAUCAACCUGUAUGGCAUAGCCUGGAAACGUUGCAGUAAAUGUUGAAUGUCCAAGGAAUUGGUUUUCAUAUGGUACAAAUGCUAACGGCCAGCCCCAAACUCUAUCUUCCUUUUCCUGUAUCCCAAUACCUCACCUGCUGGAUUUGUGCGUAUGUGUGGCAGAAGUGCAAUGAAUGUGCUCUCUUGUGGUAAUUUUAUCACAUGAGCUACUGAAAGGUCCACAUCAGCUCAUGAAGAAUUAUUGCUCUGAUAGACUCUACAGUGUAGAUGAUGCCAAACAGACUGUUGCGCCAUAUGAAGAGAACAGAUGCCAAGAAAGCUGUAGAUGUACAGCAGUUCUUGAUGGUGCUAGAGUGCUUUGGCCUUGAGUUAUUAUUUCUAUUUUCUCAGGGGGAAAGGGGCAUAUUUUUGCAGGUGUAUGAGUUGUCUUCUUUGUCGUGCCCUCCAGCCUACUAUUUGAAACAUUGCCCUAAAUUUGGAAGCACUUCUUAUGUAGCAAAAACUGGGACUAUUAUCAAGAGAUCUGACAGCAAACUGAUUUUGAGAUUUGCCCCUUAGUAUGUUCAAGAUGUCAGUGUGAAAUUAACACCAAGGCCUUGAAGGGAAAUGAAGUGAUCAUGUUAUGGGGUCACAAGUACUUGCAGAUGAACUAUAAAUCCGCAGCUGCUCAGUCUCUGCUGUCUCCCUUCCUGAUGUUGAAUUUUCAGCUUGGAGCUACAGUGCUUGAUUGAGAGGUUCUGCUAAAGUAAGAGUGAGAAAUCUGUGACCCUUCCACAUAUUGUUAGACUCCAGUUACCAUCUGUCUCAGCCACUGUGGCCAGUGAUUAGGGAGGAUGGAAAAUGUGGACCAUCAUAUGGAAAGGUAUAGGUUUCUCCUGCCUCUGUGCUACAUCAAAAGGGAAGUGAUCAAUACGACCUGUGCAAGUCAUCACCAUAACUGAUUUAUCUGCUUGUAGGGUCAUUCUUCUAUAGCCAAUAGUGUCAUUAGGCUCUUCCAUGUAGCAUGGACAUUUAAAAAGCAAUGUGGUAAUACAUCAAGUGUUACAAGACAUGGGCAGGGCACUUAAGCAUCAAACAAUCAAUACUGGCAAACUUACUUAGAACUCCUUGUGUUUUGCACAGCGCUUUCUCCUUGUACCUCUCUAGUCAUCUUACACUUGGAGGCAGAGUUGGAUAUUCUUCAGCUAUUGCUGCAGUUGUGAGAAUGACCAGCCCUGCCCACAUCACUGCAUUGCAUCAGGUGGACAAACAGUUGACAACCCAGUGGUUGUAGCUAUAGCUGCCAUUUCCAGGCACAUGGGUGACAACUUGCUCACUGUGAUAUUAGGACAGAAAGCAAUCUUUUUUUUCCUGCUUAUCUCUAAGAAAGUGGCAUUGUAAAAUAAAGGAACUGGUUUCCCGUGUUUUAAUGCCCUCCUUCAAGAUUACAGCAUAAAUCUGAAUUUUUUUUAAAAAAAACUAGUUUUAAAAAAAACCACCCUCAACUUCCCUUUGGGGGUUAAUUUCAAAAUAUGAGCUGGCAAGCCAAACAGGUGUGUGCGAAGUGUCUUGGCAGCAACUGUUGUCUGCCUCAGCAAACCCAAGAGGUACAAGCAGACAUUCCCUAACAAACCUUAUCCUAUUUUGCCCUUGGUUUAGGACAAGAAAGGCAACCUGCCUUCCCUCCUUGUUUGUGUACUAUGUCAUUUGUGUUGAGACUCCUUAAUUUGUAAAGCCAGAAAGCUGAGGUCAGUACUUGUGGCAUUUGUUGCAGAUAUCCUAAACCAAAGCUAUCUUGGGACAGGCAGGAAGACAAAGAUUAAUUUCUUUUUCUGAGAGAAUUGGAGAAGUGGUACCCUGCAGUGGUGAGGGCUCAAGAACUAUUAGCACAGCGCAAGGAAAGCCAGGAGCACUUAGAAAGAAGCACCUGAAAAACCAAGGUGCUUAACCAAGCAGCAAAGGCUCUUCCCAGUCACUGUAACAUCUCCUGUAACCUGUAGAAAUAUGUGGCCACACACACUGAGGAGGGACCAUUCUUUCAAUGCUAGUACUACCAAGAAUAAGAACAAAAAAUUACACUCCAAGCCUAAAGGCAGUUUCUGUACACGAUUUAUACCUUCAAUCUAGGAAUGUUGCAUAUUCCUUUUUUAUUUUAUCUUCUAUACUUACUGGUGAAAAAUCGUACCCUUGCUUUUCAGUGACUGGCACUCUUCAUCCUCCUGCUCUCACCAUCCCUCAAAUAUCUAGAACAUUUUUAUAGAAGGCAUGGCUUCUUAUGCAAUUUAUGUAAGUGCUGUUGACUAAGCCUCCUGCAAAAUAGGUGGGUGUGGUGUCUUUUUCUUUAGAAGAUUAUAUAGCUGUGGGCCAUUAAGAGAAUAAAAAAAUAAUUCUGAACCUCCCUGUAACCUCAGAGGGUGAAAGAAAGCUGAGCCAGUCGAUCUAUGGCAGAGCAAAAGCCUUAGAUAGGAGACAGUGGAGCCCCCAACUUAAGAUGCACAGACUACUGCUGGCAGUGCCUUUGUUUAGUGCAGGUGUGGGCAAAAUGCACCCCUCAAAAUGUUGUUGGAUUCCAGUUCUCAUCAACUCUUGGCAGCACAGCCAGUGAUAAAGGAUACUGGAAGAAGUAGUCCAACAAAAUCUGGAGGACCACCCUUUGCCCAGCCAUGGUUUAGUAUUUUGUGUUGCCUGCAUCUGUAUGGGUGUAAUAUUUUUUCUUUUCAGUGGUCAAUUGUAAACCAUGUACAAUCUGUAUAGAAUGAAAUUAGUGGAAGCUUGUGGGAAAGCAAAUACAUUUUUGCAAUGCUGUAAUUUAUUUUUACUACUGUUUCAGCCCGAUGACUGAGAAAAUGUCACCUUUCAGCUUUUUUUUUAAAGCUCCUGACCAAUUUGUUUAUGUGAUACAAACUGUGUAAGAAGCUAUUAAAAAAUAGUCUCUAAUAAAGUUGUUUUAAGAA